AGGGGUGGGGGUCCCUGCCGCCGUCUUGUCUCGCACAGGCUCCGGCUGGGCAGCGGAGCCCCCCUGUGCGGCCAUGGACCGGCCCCUGGUGGCAUCGGCGGAGACGGAGGAGGAACUGGAGUGGCAAGUGGCGAGUCGCAGAAGGAAGGCCUGGGCCAAGUGCCGCAGCUCCUGGCAGGCGUCGGAGACAGAGGAUCUGUCCACAGAAGCGACGACGCAGGACGAGGACGAGGACGACGAAGACGACCUCUCCGGCGCGAAGCUGCCGGCGGCCGCGGGGAGAGGAAACGUGCCUAACGAGAAGAUCGCGAUAUGGCUCAAGGACUGCCGGUGA